AGGAGUGAAGUGCGCGUCGCGAAGCUCCGCGUCUCAUCUGGAUUUCGUGCGCGAGUAACGCAAAUAAACGGGAGUGCAAGUUCGGGAGUGUCGUUUCGACGCGAUGGAUUGAAUAAUCUUCUCGAAGAGCAUCCGGGCGUCGACGGGGACCCGGGAGCCUUGGAAGCAUCGCGAAGUGAUGGGCGAGGGAAGGGGGAGAAAGAUGUUUUUCGCUUGAGAUACUGUUCCGCCGUGAUUUUCGCGUAUAUUUCGACGUUCUUCGCUGACCUCGCGAGUAUUCUUCAUCGUCUUGAAGGGUAUCCCGGCGUCGACGGGGACCCAGGAGAAUUGUGGGGAAGUGGCGGCCGUUGGGGGCUUGAGAUAUUGUGGUACCGAGUGUCGCCGCGCAGAUCUGUCCGCCAUGACACUUCCGUUCACUCGUCGCGAUGUCACGAAAUGCAUUCGCGAGUGAUCUUAUUUUUUUCGUAUCGGCCGUUCAUUUCGAAGUGCAUCUGUGUGUAGUGAAAUGCGAUAAAUAAUUAUUGCAAAUAUAAAAUAAUAGAAAAAACAGUGCAGUGAUCAGUGCCAAACCAUAUGGGAUUAUAGCAGAGUAGCAGCGGAACGUUAAAGCGGAUAUAUUAACGCAGAGAUUUAGAUAAUCGACUCAACGCAAUAUUGCAUCCUGUAGUUUCGCAUGUCGUGAAUGCUACGAAGGAUCACGAGAGGAGGAGGAGGCCCGGAGCGGCAUCGGGCGAUAGCGGGGCAGCUGUAAGGUAAGUUUAUUGAUAAGCUGACCGUGAGAUUUUUGAUUGCCGAACGGUUUGUUACGUCGUAUGAUUAGUAGUUUUCGGAUUGUUUUUCUUAUUGUGCAAUGUAUGCGAGAUACGCGUGCGGUUCACGCGUCGCGUCGGAAGUGUCGCGUAUCGGAAGUAUCGUAUAAAAUGUCGGGCGGUCGUAAUUAUUCGUAUUUUCGCGAGUAUCGUAAGUGCUAUGAAGGAGCAAUAACAGUCGACCAAGAGAGGAGGAGGAGGCCCAGGGAGGCAUCGGGCGACAGCGGGACAACUGUGAGAUCAAGGUGCCGUGUACUACAACUUGGCUAUUGCGCGUAUCGAUGUAGCUGCGGUUUGAAAGAUGGAAUAUUGAAAAAGAUUAAAAUUAUCUUGACUCUCAUCUCGUAAAAAAAAAUUUCAAUUUCCAAGAUUAAUAUUACACCAAGCAAAAGAAGUGAUCCCUCGAUUCUCGUCAUAAAAGUGUUAAGAAUAAACAAGUCCACUGUCAGAUUUGCACGACGAUGCACAACUCUAUGGAGAAAUUUGAAGAGAAUUCUCACGUCGCGUUCAACAUUUAUCUCGGCGCCAACAUUCGAGAGAAGAGCUAUUAAAAUUAACGACAUCUCGUGAGCCACGCUUGCUUCCGAAUUUUGAGAAGGAUCUUAAACUUCCGCGAAGGAGAUAUCAAGCCGUUAAGCUUGAUCCGAAAGAUUAUGCGCUCUUGAAAGAUGCUCGCGAGACGCUUUCGGCUCAGCGGGUGAACCGAAUGGAAGGAUGUUUCAUCCGGUGUUCUGACUGCCUAUGGAUAUAUUCAGCCGUUGCAACGGCGGCGGCAGCGGAAGCACGGUAGCCGGAAGCGGUGUUGGCUCGGUGAGGACGUCCAGCAACGAGUCCGCCGGUGGUGGUAGUAGUGGCACGUCGAGCGGUACCAGCGAGAGCGGCAGCAGCGCGAGUGGCAGGAUGCAGUUGACAGGAGCCUCAGCUCCUGGUGCGGCGGCCUCGCCAGAGUCGGGCGUCUCUCCGUUGACCGACGCCUACACCAAGAUGACUAGCGAUAUCCUCGCCGAAAGAACUCUGGGCGACUUCGUCAGCGAACAUCCCGGCGAGCUGGUUCGAACAGGCUCGCCGCAUUUGGUUUGCACCGUCUUGCCGGCGCACUGGAGGUCCAACAAGACUCUUCCGGUGGCUUUCAAGGUCGUAGCUCUCGGCGAUGUAGGCGACGGUACUCUCGUGACCGUUCGUGCUGGUAACGAUGAGAAUUGCUGCGCCGAGCUCAGAAAUUCGACGGCUCUAAUGAAGAAUCAAGUCGCCAAGUUUAACGACCUGAGGUUCGUCGGCCGAAGCGGAAGAGGCAAGAGCUUUACGUUGACGAUAACAGUGUCGACGACGCCACCUCAAGUCGCUACCUACACCAAGGCGAUUAAAGUGACAGUGGACGGGCCGCGCGAGCCGCGAUCCAAGACCAGUGAGUAUCACUUGCUGUCUCUUUUAGGGCAGCAGCAACAAUUUCACGCCUUCGCGUUCGCUUCGCAACGAGGCGGCCCGUUCUUUGCCUCGCCUCUGGUGGAUCCGUUGCAACCUCUGCCGAAUCCGUUGCAACCAUUACCGAAUCCGCUCCAGCCGAGGGAUCCGUUGUCUUCCUUUAGACACGCGAUGCCCGGUAAUUGUCAGAACAUGUCACAGUUUGGCCUGACGGCGAGCAAUUCUUGGGGAUACGGCAGCACGGCCGGCUACGCCGGCUACCUUCCGGGUCCUCUGUCGUCGUGUGCCGCACAGGCAUCAUUUCCACCCCCACCGCCGCCCCCUCCGCCGCCGCCGCCGUCAUCCACGCUGGCGUCCUUUGCCGGCACAGCCUCCAUGAAUACGCCGACGGCACCGGACUCGACGGCGGGCUCGACCGUCACAUCCGGCACCAGCAAUACCGGCUCCACGCCGCAGCAGGACGCCUUCUCCGCGGUUUCGUCUCUCGUACCGGACACCACGACACCGGGUCAGUCUGACCCGCUGGAUCCGCUGAGCAGCCUCAUGACCGGCGGUUCCACCAGCCAGAGGUAUCAGGAUUACGUGUCGCCCAGAUCUCUGUCCACCGACUCGAGCACGACCGAGAGCCCAGUGCACGAGGAGCAGGGUUUCGGGCAGAAUUACGGCAACUACUUUCCGACGCCCGGUGUACUGCCCAGUAUACUCUACUCCCAGCUUUACGGGAAUCAGUUCCAGAAUUCCGAGAGCGCCGAGCAGAGGGCUGUCGCGGACAGUUGCAGCGUGAGGCAAGAAGAAGUUAGACCAGACAACAAUGUCUGGAGACCGUACUGAGAGGCGGAGGAAAGUCAUUUCUUAUCCAGCGAUUUGGCCGUCGAGAGACCGCAGAACUCUUGGAAGACGAGAGGAAAGUAACGCUUAAAUAAAGAAAAUAAAUAAAUAAAUGAUCGCUCUUCAAGCUCUCGGCCGCUACGACGAAAGUGGCCGAUAAUUGUAGUGUGACAUGGUGAUUCUUUGAAAACUAUUCAAGUGUCAAGGACGAUUCUUGACGACGAACACUAGUGGGCAUUAAAACUUGAUCCGAAAGGAACUCGGGGCGAGUCCGAGCUACGCUCUUCCGGAAAGUUUCGGGAAUUUAAAAAUUCUCUUACCGGUUGUGUUUCUCGCGCCAACGAAUCUUAGGAGAGUGAAUGAGCGGAGGAGGAGGAGGAUUUGUAAUUAAGCGGAUUUGUUGCGUACGAGAGAGCGAGCGCGCGAGUGUGAAAGUGAAGCGAUGACGACGACUAUUAUAACGAUAUCCGCAGGGUGUAUAUAUGUGUACAUAGCUAGACCAUUGCCGUUUCAUCGAAUCAUUAUCGUUUUAAACGACGCGAUACAUUAAUUUAUUUCAUUGAUUACGUUUUCAUAGUAUAAUUGCGAAACGCUGCGGGAUCGUGCAAUAUUCUCAAAGCUGUGCGACGUCGGCGAUCAAGCCUCUUCUUUUUCUCUCUGUAAAUACAUAUAUCUUCCACAGUUCAGUUUCCCUCUUCGCGAAGGUUUCCUUCCCCUUAAAAAAGAAAGAAAGAUACCUCUCGGUCCGAAGGCUUCGCGCUUUCGGCGAGAUUUUCGCAGCGACCUUAAAUUAUCUCGAAAGAUCGGCAGCGAAAGGCUGUCACGUGCGGUCACGUUCGGGUCAAGCCGACGAUAAAAUCGAAUGGGAUUCGAUUCACGUGAGGCGGGAAAGAGUUUAGCCGUCGCGUGAGAAUGUCGUUGCGGGAAAGCUCUCGCAAGUAUAUUCAACGAACGAAUGAACGAACGUGCCGGCAUCGAAGACCUUACAUCGAAAUUUCCGCUAAAGAAACGAAACGAACCCCACGGGAAACGACUCGCGAAAUGAUUUUGCGAGAGGCACCGUAACCGCGCCGGCGAGAAGCUUAUCCGUUUUUGUAAGCCGGCGCUCUGCGCGUUUCCGAAAAUGAUUUCCGAUAUACAUAUCUACCGAUCUAUUGUUAUCGUAGUUUUUGACCGAAUCGAAGUAAAAGUGUAUUUCAAAAUAUGA